AUGAGACUGGUGAUAAAGGAUUUUCAUAAAUAUGAGGGGGCUGGACAGGUGACUACUGAGAUGCAGGAGGAGCAGGAAUAUCAGAUUCUGAAUCAGAAGAGUCAGAUCAUUCAGAUUAAUAUAGAUUAUGCUCUUGAGACACAUUGUUGUAAUUCAGCUUUUUCAACUGUCUUUACUUUUUCUGUAUUUUCUAAUACAGAUGACAUUAUAAUCCUUGGAAAGAUAGGAGAUACAAGUACUGAAGAAGAAAAGAAUAGGGCACAGAAAGAGGGAAAAAAGAGGCAAUACAGGAGGGUUAAGAGCAUAGUUAACAACCUGAACCUCAUGCUCAUUAUCAUAAUGAGUGGAGUAUAUGUUUCAUUCAUUUUUCAAAAUUGUGGUUCUUUGCAGGACAAGUGCAAUAACAAGUCUAAGGCCCAAGCAGAGAUGAAUCAGAGCCAAUUAGAGGGUUACCAACAUCGAUCGGAAGGAUUUCAACAACAAUCAGAAGAAAAUUGACACUAUUCAGAGAGAUCUGGAGGGCAAGCAAAGAGAUCUCGUGGUCAAGAAGAGAGAUCUCAUGGCUGUACAGAAAGAUCUCAUAGCCAAUCAGGGAGAUAUCAUGAUCAAAGAGAGAGGCCUUGUGGCCAAGUAGAGAGAUCUCAUUAUUAUACAGAAAGAUCUUAUGGCCAGUCAGAGAGAAUCUCAUUACCACUCCGAGAGAUUCCAUGAGAUUCCAUGUUCAUGCAAAGAGAUCUCAUGACCAUGCAAAGGGAUCUAAAGUCCUAUCAAAGAUAUCUUAUGGCCAAAUAGGGAGAUUUCAUGGUCAAUCAGAGCAACCUCAUGACCAAUCAGGGAGAUAUCAAAGAUACUCACCAGUAGAAACUGAGUCUGAAUUUGACAGGUAAAACAUAAUGAAUACUUGACUAUUAAUGCAUCGAAUGAUGUAAAAAAGUAAAGGGAUGUUUUGUAUAUGUAUAUUUUAGUGGCUUAAUAUGUAUUUUUGAAACCGACAUUGAAUUGGGACAAAGAUAUUAAUACAAUAGAGGUGAUAUAUGCAUGGCAUCAAUAUUCUUUCAACUUGCUGAUACCCUCUAGCUAUCAUCCAGUUUCCCAAUUACCCUAAUUAAGUUGUUCUGUGUAGGUCAGCUUUCCUGGAAAAGCCCCAGUGUACUCAGUCUUUCCUACUGAGCCUUCCCCACAAUAAAAAUAUAUUGACUUUGUGUCCCAUUCCCUUUAAACUUUCCAACCUGCUAGGCUAGCUAAUCUAACAAUAAACUAUGCUACAUUGAUAAUAUAUAAUCUCUGAUAAUGAAUUUCUGUUUCCAUCCUCCACCUCCUUUCUAAAGAGUCUUCAUAGACUCCUUAGCAGACAAAAAAUAGGUGUAUUUUUGGACAGCUGAGCUUUUCUGUUUUCCACAAAUCAGACCAUAGGAGAGGAUGAAAGUUUAUACCUAGAUGCAACCUUAACCUAAAUGUAUUUUAAAUAUUGCAUAUAUUCACUAUUGUUUAAUGAAACUGUCUACCCUAACAAAAGUGCCAGAGAAAUUUAAUCAUAUCUCAGAUUGUUUUAAGAACCACAAGGCAUUUUAUUGUGAUUGUCUAGGUAACUGAGUAAAAUAAUUAUUUUUAGUUUAAAUUUCUCAGUGAUUUCCUUCAGUUUUCAUUGCCUAUAAAUGUCUAGUUAAAUAUUUUAGCUCAUAUUAACUGCAUUCUGCUGCUGCUGCUAAGUCGCUUCAAUCGUGUCCGACUCUGUGU